GAGGAGAGAGGCAACAGUUCGGACAGCAGACCUCACCGCAUCUCCCCUUCUGUUUCAUUCACUGCGUUUACUGGAGCUGACCUCGUUUUAAAGAGCUAACAAAGCUGACUUUACAUAGGAAGAACACAGUCUGCUCCACUUGCAGUUGAAUGGAAAUAAAGAAGAAUCUGUGACCUUGGAAGAUGAAGAUGUUGUUGCCAUGGAAACUCUUAAUCCUGUUGUCACUCAAGAGCUGCCUUGCAGAGAGAAUUAUUCGACAUGGCCCGGUGUUUACCCAGGAGCCCAGUGACAGUGUUUUUCCGUUGAGCGGUGAAGACAACAAAAUAUUUAUCAACUGCAAAGCCAAGGGGAGUCCUCCACCACAUUACAGGUGGAAGUUCAACAGGAAAGAUCUUGACAUUGACAUGGACAUCAGCUACAGGCUUGUUGAAGGAAACGUAUUGAUCAAUAACCCACAAGCAACGAAACACGGAGGAGUUUAUCAGUGUAUCGCGUCUAAUGCUUUUGGGACCAUCCUCAGCCGGGAGGCUAAAGUGGAGUUUGCGUAUCUGCAGAAUUUCAGCAGCAAAGCCAGAAGUCCAGUAUUAGUACGGGAAGGACAGGCCGUGGUUCUUCUGUGUGGCCCACCGCCCCAUUUUGGAGAAAUCAGAUACUCUUGGAUAUUUAAUGGCCGUCCCAGCGUUGUUGUUGGGGACAAUCGACGCUUCGUUUCUCAGAGAACUGGAAACCUGUAUAUUGCAAAGGUGGAGACAUCAGACGUAGGCAACUACACAUGCGUGGUGAGGAACAUGAUGACCAACACAACCGUCUACAGCUCUCCAACUCCAGUAGUGCUACGUCGGGAUGCUGUGAUGGGGGAAUAUGAGCCAAAGAUUGAAGUCCAGUUUGAAAAAUCUCUCCACGUUGCCAAAGGAUCAUCCGUUAGACUGGAGUGUUUCGCUUUAGGAAAUCCGGUGCCUUCAAUCUCUUGGAGGAGAGCAGAUGGAAGCCCCUUUCCAGGAAAGAUGAAGAUAAAUCACUCAAAUGGGGUUCUAGAGAUUCCAUAUUUCCGUCCGGAGGACGCUGGACUUUAUGAAUGUGUGGCCGAAAAUGCUAAAGGACGCAGUGUUGCAAAAGGACGUCUUGUAUUUCAAAAUGCGGAGCACCUGCAGUGGGCACAGACUCUGUUUGAUGCGAACAAUGCCAUUGAGGCCGAACUUCACUGGGAAUGUAAAGCUAAUGGAAAACCCCAGCCUGUUUACAGAUGGCUCAAGAAUGGACAACCUUUAGUCCCUCAGGACAGAAUUCAUGUUGAUGGUGGCAGGAUAGCCAUCUUUAACAUAGACCUGAUGGAUUCUGGGAUGUAUCAGUGCUUGGCAGAGAAUGAGAAUGGGAUCAUAUAUGCCAGCGCAGAGCUUAAAGUUGUCGCCUCUCUUCCAGACUUCUCUAAAAACCCAUUGAAGAAGACCACACUGAUCCACAGAGGCGGAGAGGCCAUCAUCGAAUGCCGACCGCAUGCAUCCCCUAGAGCUUCCUUCUCCUGGAGGAAAGGCAACGAGUUCCUGAAAGACGGCGAAAGCCUCGGCGUAGUCCUCUCCGCCAUUCUCUGGACGUGCCCCAACAUGCAGGGAGAAGCAUCGAUUAGUCAUCGUAUUCCACAGGGCAGUCAGGAAAGGAAGGAUCAGAGACGGAUUACAAAGCCAUCAUGUCUUGACGCAAAUAUAAAUGUGGCUCUGUGUGGUCAGAAGCUUGGUUCUGGAUCCUCUGGUGAUCUCAUGAUCAGAAACGUGCAACUGAAGCACUCGGGAAAGUACGUCUGUAUGGUGCAUACAGCGGUGGACAGCGUCUCGGCUGCGGCGGAUCUGAUUGUUAGAGGGCCCCCUGGUGCUCCGGUGGGCGUGCUGGUGGGGGACAUCACAGACAGGACUGCUCGGCUCUCGUGGGGCCCUGGACCUGUCAACCACAGUCCCAUUACACUGUACAUUGUGCAAGCCAGGACCCCAUUCUCUAUCGGCUGGCAGGCGGUCAAAACUGUUCCUGACUCCGUGCCUGGACAGAUGAUUCAUGCAACAGCGGUGGAUCUGAAUCCGUGGGUAGAUUAUGAAUUUCGAGUUGUGGCUAUUAACAGCGUGGGGGUAGGAGAGCCCAGCGUGCCGUCCAAACCCGUCCGCACCAAAGCUGCAGAUCCGAAAGUCGCUCCGGCGAAUGUGAGCGGCGGGGGCGGCAGCCGAGGUGAACUUAUAAUCGUUUGGGAGCCUGUGUCUGAGGAGCUCCAAAAUGGAGAAAAAUUCGGCUACAUUGUAGCAUUCCGUCCACUUGGCAGCAUGACAUGGAAACAGAGCAUAAUUGCCUCAGCCGACGCGACACGAUACGUUUAUAAAAACGAAAGUUUACCUCCACUCACUCGCUUUGAAGGAAAAGUGGGCGUCUACAACAGCGUCGGAGAGGGACCAUUUAGCCCAGUGGUCUUCGUAUAUUCAGCAGAUGAAGAACCCACUGUAGCCCCUUCAAGAGUAUGGGUCCGACCCCUCUCAGCAUCCGAAAUCGAGGUGUUUUGGAAACCUAUCCACCAAACCGGCAGCAAAGGAAAGAUAACGGGUUACGAGGUGCAGUGGUUGGAGGAUGGGUCCCCAGAGAGUGAUGCUGAGAGAGUACGGGUCACAGAAACCUCGGUCAACAUCACUGGUCUGAAAGGAAGCACGCCGUAUCUGGUGUCAGUCAGAGCCCACAACAGCGCAGGCACGGGACCCUCCAGCGUCCCUGCCAGCAUCACCACGAAAAAACCACCUCCGAGUCAACCUCCAGGGAACAUUGAGUGGAACCUGACAAACUCAAAGGUUUUUCUGAACUGGGAACAUGUGAAGGCGAUGGACAACGAGUCAGAAGUUACCGGGUAUAAGGUUGUGUAUCGUCAAAACUGGCACAGGGGAAGCAGUGUAGUGGAGACCAACAGGACUUCUGUGGAGCUUCAAGUGCCAUCGGAAGAGGAUCUGCUGGUGCAGAUCAAAGCCCUGAGUGAUGGAGGAGACGGCAGUAGCAGCAGUCCUAUACUUAUACCAAAGAUGUCAAGUCUGAACUCGAAAGGAUACUUCAGAUCAGAUGCAAGCAAGAUGGCCCAUGUUCACGCGGUCGUGUUUCUGAUGUUGUCGUGGAUGUUUUCGUAAAACUUUGCCUUUACUUGACGCUCACUAACAAAACAACGAUUAACUGGAUGUGGUUACAUUUUAUUUACUUUUACUUUUAUUAAGAUAUUAAAUGGUGACUCUUCUCCAUCGCCUUAUGUUAUAAUGUUGUUUUUACCUGUAUGUAGAGCUAUUUGUAUUUUGUAUGUGGAAUAUAUGCAAAAAAACAGGCUUUGCCAUGUAGCAACUCAUUUUGUUUAGAUGUUCUAAAUCUUAAAUCAUGGAAUGCAGUAGUGACGUGGAACGUUGGGUCUCCAAGAAUUGGUGAUCUUGGUUUUGGGUUAGUCAAAGAAAUUAUAAUUCUGUAUAAAAAGGACAUUUAGAAUACGUGAAUUGAGUUGUUUUGCCUAAGCACUUCAAUAAGAGAUACUGUAUUGAUUUGCGGUUUAGUGACAGUUUGGGUUAGUAUGUAGACCAUUGCACAGAUUUCUUGCUGCUCUGAUAUUUUCAACAGUUAGUUUAGUGGUAUUUAUUAUUUUUUUAAAUGUAAGCAGUUUUGAUAACAAUCUGACUUUAUUUACAUUUAGCACAUAUUCAUAAUUCAGUUUACUUGUGAUAAGAUUUGUCUUGUCAGUCAUCAUUGAUCGUCCUAUGGGAAUAAACACCAAGACAGAUAUAAAAAGUUGUUUUUUCCCUGAUACGAUAUAUAAAGUAGAUGCUUUAUCAUGUCUGAUAAUCUGUCUUUUAAACGUCUGUUGAGUUUGUCUGUUUAAAAAAAUAGAUCUAGACGCCACCCAUCACAACUCGGCCAUGUUAAUGGAGUAUCAGAAUUGACUAAAAGAAGUAUUUUAAUGCAAUUUUCUGUCAGUAACUUUGUAUUUACUUUGUAUUAGUUUGUAUUUGUAUGUUUUUGUUACUUGGUACAUGAGUAGUAUCUACAUUGUUCUUAUUUAAUUUGCCUAAUUUUGCAUUUUAUAAAUGUAACACAUUUGUCUGGUGUUUUCUUUGCUAUUAUGUAAGCAUUUGGAGCUGUUUAAUACCUUUGUAUUA